AUGACCCCCGGGCCGGCUCCGCUCCUAGUCCUGCUGCCGCUGCUGCUCUGCCGGCCGCUGCUCGGGGAGCCGGGCGAAGGCGAGGGCACUUGGGCUCGCUUCGCCCGACUGCCCUACCCGCAGGACCAGCUCUUCCUUCACGACACCUUCCCGCCGGGCUUCCUGUGGGGGGCGGGCACGGCGGCGUACCAGGUGGAGGGCGCCUGGCGGCAGGACGGCAAAGGGCCCUCGGUGUGGGACGCCUGGGCGCACGGCCCCGGCAAGGCGGCGGGGGGCGACGUGGCCAGCGACAGCUACAACCGCCUCCAGCGCGACCUCGACGGUCUCCAGCGCCUGGGCGUCUCCCACUACCGCUUCUCGCUGGCCUGGCCGCGCCUCCUCCCCAACGGCACGGCGCCCCUCAACGCCGCCGCCGCCGGCUACUACGAGCGCCUCCUGGAGGGCCUGAAGGCCCGCGGCGUCGAGCCCGUCGUCACGCUCUACCACUGGGACCUGCCCCUGCCCCUGCAGCGCGCCCUCGGCGGAUGGCAGAGCCCGCAGCUGCCCGAGCGCUUCCGCGACUAUGCCGAGCUCUGCUUCAGGCGCUUCGGCCGCCACGUGCGCUACUGGCUCACCAUCGACAACCCCUAUCUCGUGGCCUGGCACGGCUACGCCACCGGACGCCUGCCCCCCGGCCUCCAGGGCGGGCCGCAGGCGGGCUACAGGGCGGCGCACAACCUCCUCAAGGCUCAUGCCAAAGUCUGGCAUCUUUACAAUAGUAAUUUCCGAGCAAUUCAAGGAGGUCAAGUAUCCAUUGCCUUAAGUUCUCACUGGAUAGAGCCUCAAAAGAUGACUAGAGAAGAUAUAAAGAAAUGUCAGAAAUCACUGGAUUUUGUAUUGGGCUGGUUUGCUAAGCCUCUGUUUAUUGAUGGAGACUACCCUCAAAGCAUGAAGGAUAAUCUGUCUGCAGUGCUGCCAGAAUUUACUGAAGCAGAGAAGAAGUUUGUUAGGGGAACAGCUGAUUUCUUUGCUCUUUCUUUUGGAGCUACACUGAGUUUCCACCUUGUGGAUUUUGCCAUGAAGUUCCAGCAGCAGGAAUCACUCAACCUGAGGCCUCUUCUGUACUGGAUAAGCAAGGAAUAUAACAGACCUCAGAUCUUCAUUGUGGAGAACAGCUGGUUUAUUUCAGGACACACCAAGAGAGAUGACAGCAAGUAUGUGUAUUAUCUCAAAAGAUUCAUCAUGGAAACUUUAAAAGCUAUUCGGUACGAUGGAGUUCCUGUCAUUGGAUACACAGUUUGGUCGCUCAUGGACGGCUUUGAGUGGAUCAGAGGCAACAUUCGAAGGGGUCUGUUUUAUGUUGACUUUCAAAGCCAUGAUAAAGAAUUGAUCUCAAAGUCUUCAGCACAUUUCUACCAACAAGUGAUAGGAAAAAAUGGUUUCCUUCCAUUACCAGAAAACCAGCCGAUAGAAGGGAUUUUCCCCUGUAAUUUUGCUUGGGGAAUUAUUGAAAAUAAUCUCCACAUUGAUACAACUCCGUCCCAGUUCCUUGAUCCCAGUGUUUAUAUUUGGGAUGUCUAUCGAACCAAUACACUCAUUAAAGUUGAGGGUGUUGAUGCCCCAAAACGCAAGCGUCACUGUGCUGAUCUUGCUGCCAUCAGGCUUCAGAUUUCUUUACUUGGAGAAAUGCACAUCACACACUUCUAUUUUACCUUGAAAUGGUCUUUGAUUCUCCCUUCAGGAAAUCUGUCUUAUGUUAACCACACACUCCUGUUUUAUUAUCAGUGCUUUGUUAGUGAGCUACUUAGAGUUAAUAUAACUCCUGUGGUUGCUUUGUGGAAGCCCAUGGGUGAGAAUCAAGGACUUCCUGUUUCUCUAGCCAAGCAUGGUGGGUGGGAGAACCCUUUGACUGUGCGUGCCUUUGAGGAAUAUGCAAGACUUUGCUUUAAAAAGCUUGGCCAGCAUGUCAAAUUUUGGAUCACAAUAAAUGAGCCUUACACCAAGAACUUGACUUUCACUGCAGCGCAUAAUCUAUUGAAGGGUCACGCUAAAGCCUGGCACCUGUAUGAUAAAGAAUUCAGGAAGACUCAGAAGGGUAAAAUAUCAAUUGCCUUACAAGCUGACUGGGCAGAGCCAGCCUGUCCCUUUUCUGAAGAAGACAAAAUGGCUGCCAACCGAGUUUUGGAAUUUGACUUUGGCUGGUUUGCUGAACCCAUCUUUGGAAAAGGUGACUAUCCGGAUGUGAUGAGACAGUGGCCUUACCAAAGAAACAGUAGAGACAUUACCUUACCUUAUUUCUCAGAGGAGGAAAAAAAGGUAAUACGUGGUUCAUUUGAUUUUUUUGCUUUAAGUCACUACACUACAGUACUUGUAGACUCAGAAAAUGAAGACCCAGAGAAAUACGAUCAAAAGCUCAAAGUCCAAUUGCUCAAUGACAUCACUUGGCUGGAAUCACCUAGUGGAAGUAGAGUAGUGCCUUGGGGAUUGCGCAAGCUCCUCCAGUGGGUAAAAUUGAAAUAUGGUGAUGUACCAAUUUACAUCAUAGCCAGUGGGAUUGAUGACAAGCCAGAUGCAGCUGAAGACAAGCUGAGGAUAUAUUACAUACAGAGUUAUGUCAAUGAAGCUUUAAAAGCCUAUACUUUGGAUAAUGUCAACAUCCAAGGCUAUUUUGUCUAUUGUUUCAUUGAUAGGACUGAUCCUAAAUAUGGCCUUUAUCAUUAUGUUGUCAACCGGUAUGAGCCAAGAUCUUCUGCCAAACGUUACAGGGAGAUAAUUGACAAUGGUGGCUUUCCAGGCCCAGAAACCCAGGAACUGUUUUGUCCAGAAGAAAUUGUCCUUGACACAGACUACGUUGCUUUCCAACCUAGAAGAUCUUUUAUUGCAUUUAUAUCUUUUAUAUGUUUUGCUUUCAUUGUCACCGUAUUUAUGAUAAUUAACUACUCCAAGAAAUUUGACAAAAGAUACAAAUAGCACUGGUCUUUUGCAUGUGUCCCUUGUAGCUUUCUCACCUACAUUACCUGGGGAACUGGAAGUAAUUCAGUAUGCCUUGUUUUGAUUACUGUUGCACUAUAAAGCCAUUUAUGCUGCCUAAUGCUGUAGAGUGCUAAAAAUAAGUAUGGAUUGUGUCCAUGGAGCUUGUACAACUCCUCACUGUCUUAGCAAUUUUGGCUUGUAGGAGUGGUUGGCUUGCUGAUAUUGCUGUACGCCCCACUGCAAGGUAAGUGCCCUCCAGAGCAAUCAGUGCAGAGUUGCUGCAGUGUAAGCCUAUUGCUUUGAAUGGGCAUAGAAUGGAGUAACAGUAAUAUGACUGUACAGCUGAUGGACAGAAUGUUUCUGUCUAUUCAGCUAUGGGCCAAAUAGCAUAUUACAAUUUUUAUGAAACUGCCCUGAGGAGGGUUAUUU